AGCAUUUUGAUAAUUGUGAAAAAUAGCCUUGAACUCAAAAAAAUCAGUUUGCUAAUGUUCCAGUUCGACUAGCCAUUUUCAUGAUAUAUCGGCCGGCUCUGGCUGAAUUUCUUCGGCAAAUCACUUUCACUGGCUGUAGGCUGUAGGUGGCUCAUAGGACAGGUCGUCACUCUUAUCUUAGCCGCCUUCGAGAGAGGAACGCUCCAAGCAUAAGGAAUUACAAAAUGGAGACAAUGGAUUCGCGGAAUGAAACCUUCCUUAUAGAGGAGAGGAGUAAACUGGAAGACAAUUACGUCGACAGUCUGUUCCUGAUGAACAGUCCAUACCCGAUAGCUGUUAUUAUGGCCUCCUACUUCUAUUUCAUUCUCAAAUUCGGUCCUCAGUACAUGGAGCACCGGAAGCCAUACAGCCUUAAAAAUCUCAUGCUUGUCUACAAUUUCAUACAAGUGGUUUAUAACGGAUGGUUCCUAUUCUGGCUUGUCAGCUCCAGUGGCUUCCUCCAAUACCUCUUCAGUCAAUCAUGCUUCCACGAACCACUGGUUGAUCUCAACUUCAGAUUCAAGUUCCUUAACGGAGUGUGGAUAUGGUUUCUCCUCAAAGUCAUUGAUCUCAUGGAUACGGUUAUUUUCGUUCUGAGGAAGAAGCAGAACCAAGUAACCUUUCUACACGUCUAUCACCAUACAAGUGUCGUUGUGUCGUGCUGGGCACACAUUAAAUAUGUUCGAGGCGAGCAAGCUGUCAUGAUUGGUCUGUUCAACUCGUUGGUGCACACUGCUAUGUACAUGUAUUACCUGCUCUCUGCACUGGGACCCUCCGUCCAGCCCUACCUCUGGUGGAAGAAACACAUCACAAAACUGCAGCUGGUACAAUUCGUUGGAGUGACCAGCUGGUUUGUGGGAAUAACUCUAGGCUGCCGACACCGGUUCGAGGACAAAAUGUACAACGGAUAUUCCAUAGCACAGUGCAUCAUGUUCUUCUGUUUGUUCCUCAAAUUCUACUACGAUUCAUACAACUCUAAUAAGACGAAGCAGUUGGAGAAAAAUAAAACUAGUUAAGGAUCUCUA